AUGGCUUGUAUCCCUCAAAAUGAGAUGGGACUUCCUGACGUAAAGUGGUGCAAUGGAGCAUGGUGCUAUAUUUCCAUCGCGGACAAUGUUUUCAUUGCUCUAUUGGCAAUUGACAUCAUCGUUACGAUGUUUGUAGCUUAUGUGGAUGCAACGACGCAUCUUCUUAUUGAUGAUCAUAGGAGGAUAUCACUUAGAUAUGCAACUUCAACCUUGGCUAUGGAGGUCAACUCCGCAAUACCAACGAAAGUUGUUUGGUUCAUAUCACCAUUGCCACUAAAGGAGUAUGGCUUAUUGAGUUUGAUUCGCCAGUGGCGUCUCAAACGGAUUUUUGACAUGUUUGCUAGGGAUUUUCAUGUCGUGAAUACAAAGGAAAGGUUAGCUUGCACUAUCUACAUGCUAUUCAACGUCGAAACAAUUACGUAUGUGAUAGGACACGUCUCACAGUUGCUUGGUGACGUCCCUAUGAAGACGAAGUGCUAUAGAGACAAGGUUCAAGCUGCCACGAAUUUCACCGAAAGGAAUCAAUUGCCUUCUUAUCUUGAAAUCGAAAUGAUGUCGCAUCUGUCUUUGAACUAUAGAACUAACUUAGAGGGGCUGCAAGAGCAAGAGAUGCUCGAUUCACUCCCAAAGGCCACGAGGUCGAGUAUCUUGAAGUACCUGUUCUACCCUUUGCUUGAAAAUGUUUCAUUGUUUCGAAAAAUCUCCGACAAGUUACUCUUCCAAUUGGUUUCUAAGAUGAGGGUAGAGUAUUUCUCUCUAAAUAGAGAUGUGAUAUUGCAAAAUGAAACGCCUAAGAGCUACUGGUUGUGA